AUGCCUUCAUUCGUCACCGUCGCCUACCCCCGCCCAAGUGGGGAGGUAAAAUUCGACCUCAAGUACUACUUGGAGAGCCACAUGCCGCUCGUCCAGAAGACCUGGGCCGAGCACGGUCUCAAGUCAUGGACUGUCACCGAGCACGCCGAGGGUCCCUAUGUUAUCACGGCAGCCCUGAAAUGGGAUAACCUCGGUGCUUUUGACGCCGCGGUGGCUGCUCUCGGCGGAGCCGAGAUCUUCGCUGAUGUUCCCAAGUUCACCGACAUCAAGCCCAUUCUGUUGAAGGGCGAUGUCAAAGGCUACUGGUCUGCUUAA